AUGCCUCGACCGCAGGUGAUUCAGAUCGUGGACUCUAAGCAACAGCAGCAGCAGCAGCAACCGUCGAUGGCACCAUCGCUUGCCAACGGUGCCGAUACGCUGCGCAAAACGUCCAAAAAUGGUCAGCAAACGCAGCGUGAGUUCCUGCACAAAGUGGACUCCGUGCGGAGCUACUGGUCGAAGAUGUUGGACGAGGUGGAACAGCUCGACCCAGACGGGGACGUUGCAGCGGUCCGAGCUGAAGAAGCGCUGUUGAAUGCAAAAAACGAGCUACUUACGAGCAGCGUAGCCGCGUCUGCGGGCGCUGCUCCGGUGGGCGCUACCGUGCCCUACCAACAGUCGCUGCCAAAAAACGGUAGCGCCGAGCGGAAGUCCAGCAUCGGCUCGGCGACAUCGGAAGCAUCGGACAGCUCCCGGCAGACCGGUUCCACCAAAACGGCUUCGUCAGGCGGUGCCACCACGCGCCAGCAAUCGGCGGCGGGUGGCCGCAACAAGUACUCGACCUAUCAGGACGAGGACGAGGACGAUGAGUUGCGCUUUCAGAGCUUCAGCCCGACGGUCGAGAUCAUCGAGCUCGACGGGCACAAGCAGGCCGCGCUGGUGAAGCCGAAGAACGCGAAGGAGCUCGACUUCGAUCACGUGCGGUAUAAGGUGAUGAAGUCGGAGAUGUUUCAAAAAAACUUGCUGGUAAACCAUCGGAAAGCGGCUCAGUUCGAUGGUUUAAUGCAGUACCUACAGGAUUACAGCUUCCAGGAGCUGCUAGCUCACAACAACGUUGUAAUCAUCGAGCCGGUCCGGACGAAGAUCGAGAAGAUCUCGGAAAAGCCGCCCCAGGCACCGGCGGCUGUUUGUCGGAUCACGAACGGGGCGCUUGGGGCGCCGGCGGCCGGACGCCGACCGGCUGGUGGAACGGCCGGAGUCGGCAUUAAGAAGCACUUCUUCUAUCAUCCGAUCCGCGUGAACAAGGAGCUGCUGGAUGAGGAGUUGCCGAGUCCGGAUACGGUGCGGAACGUGCGCAAGCUGUUCGAGGGCACGCUGCGUCUUGGGACGGCCGCUAAGCAGGCAUACGAGGACGCUAAGGCGAACGGGACGGCAGGUACGUCACAUCCACGCAUCCGCAAGUGGGACUCUGCCAGCCUGUCGAGCGGUGUAUCGUCCAGCGGUGAUCUUAGCUCCCCGUGCGAUUGCGGCGAGAACGAACCGGCACCGGCCAGUGGGUCCACCGGGGCCACCGGUGACGAGCUGGAGUCGCACUACGUCAGCCAGGACGUGCUGGAGAAGAUCCGCGAGUGUGGCUCGACCGUCACCUACUACGGCGGCCGGGUGUUGGACAAGCGCACCGAGCACAUCAGCACGAUGACGCGCGCCAUUAUGCGGGAGAUACGCGGCCAGGAUCGGCAGUGCGGUGUGUGUCAACCGCACGGUUGCACUCGCCAUGCUGGCGAUGAGGCGGAGGAAGAAGAUGAGCACGAGAUGGUGGAAGAGGCGUAUGAGAUGGAGGAUGAUGAAGGGCAUGAGCCCGGUUGCCCGGGUGGUAGUCGCCGGCCGGCGUCUGGCGAGCGGGAAGGAGGAUUAGGUGUCAAAUUCAAGCUGGUCAAAUCGAACAGUUGCAGCAGCCGGCUCGAGCUAGCCGGAACGGGCAAAACGCCACCGGAUCUGCUGCGACCGAACGGACGCAUGCGUGGCCGCCACGUCCUUCCGGAGGAGCACUCCACCCGCUGCACGGCCGAGGCUACGAUCGAGGAACCGGAGGAAAGCGUACGCGACAUGGUAAGCCGGUUGGAGAGUGGCAACACGACGCUGACGGCACGAGCCAACAAACCACGCAUCAUCGAAUCGCGGUGCAUCGAGAAGUACGAACCGUCGAUCGAGCCAAUGCCGAUGAUCACGAUCAACAACCAAACGACGCUAGAUGGCGCUGGAGGUGAAAUGGCAAAGGUAGCGGCUGUCGAGCCGGUCACAGUGAACAAUCAUAUCAACGUCGUGCUUCAUCCCGGUGGCACAUCUGCGCCUCAGCCACCACCGAUACCGGGUCCGCUAGUGAUACCGCCUCUGCUCCGUGGAGGUAAAGAUGCAACGGCAACUGUUGUAACACCGAACACCACCAACGCCACCUCGAUGGAUCGCCCACCGAAGGUGUGUCGGAAUCGGAACGUGGAUCUUGCGUUUGCCGCCACCAUGCGUCAGCUGACGAGUGUUAACAGCACCGCUCGACAACCAGCUCCUGCCGGUGUUAAGAAGCCACCAUCGCAGGUGUCUGUCGUCAUAGAACCUGCAGGGGUGCAUCAGGAGCAGCAUCAGACACCACCAGAGAGCGCUCCAACCAGUGCGGCGUCUGUCACGAAAACGGUUACGUUCAACUUCACCAACGGAGCCGCAGAUAAUGGUCCAACACCGGGCAGUGAAGCAGUAGAUCAACAUCAGCAGCUCUCCACGAACGGACAGGCGGUGGUGGAUCAAAGCGAGAACCUACGACCAAGCGCCAUUGCUGAGCAGCGGAAGGCGGAUGAGUUGACGUCACCGAAGCUGGUCAACUGGAGCAGCAUUGGGCGGUUCGAUGAGCGGCAGUACUUCGCCAACGACCGGAAGCUCAUCGAGAAGCGCAAGUACGACGACAUGGAGUUCGAGGAGUUUGAGGUACUUGACCCGAACGCGCCUCCAUCCUCGGAGCACUACGACAGCCUGAACAGCAAAUAGAAGCGAAAGGGGGUCCUUUAGUGGCUGGGAAGCUUUUGAGCUAGCUCAGGAGGAAAGCACUAAUAGAGAGAAGUAGAGAGAGAGAGAGAGAGAGAGAGAGAGCGAGAUAGAAAGAAAAAGAGCGCCACACCAGAUGCACACGUUUGGCCAUUUAGUCAGUACUCUUCGCUUAUCGACGCUUAUAUCCUGUAAAACUUAGCUUUACUACACGGGUUCCACGGAUCUAAGCUCCGUUCUGAAAACCGACGAUUUUGCGACUCCUUUUGGCGGCCAAAAGCGCACCUUUUACCCUUUUUUUUAUUUAUUCCGCGCCCCGUGCGUCCUAUUUUAGUUUUUACUCAUUUUAACCAUCCCGUCACGUGCGCCACAGCGCCACGUCUGUCUGGGGAUUUGCGUUCUAGCUAUUUUAAUCUCCGCACGCGAUGUAUAUACUGUAUUUUACAAUUUCCGAACGUGCACGCGUUUCCGGCACACGCCGCGACGCGGAUCCUUCCAUUCGAGCGAAACAGUGCAAAACGGUGAACCUGCAUCGACGGGGCUAUCUAUAGAGCGCGGUGGUGAGCUGCUGUAAUUUAUUUACAAUUUAUAAAUCAAAACCAAAUACCCCUGCAUCCGAGCCCCUGCUGGGUGCACCUUCAGCAUACGCCCUUCUCCAAGAUGGUGGCUUCACAACAACGAACAGCAGUUUAUUGUGUGGCGGAGAUGGGGGCGAUUAAGGCGAUUACUGCACCAGGGCAGAUGAGCGAUGGGAGUGUGGCUGUGGGCCAGAAGAAUAUUCCAAAAAAUACACACAAACAUCCACACAACCACAUACAUACACACAGUGUAGAUCAGUAGCGAAACCCCUAGUUACAUGCUAUUAAACGAAAGUAAUCUGGAAAUAAAGUACAUUUAUGGU